CUCUUCUACACUUUUACAAUUUAUAUACAUUUCUUUAUGUGUUUCUUAGUUAUUUUGAUGCAAAUUUUAUGGUUACUUGAAUAUUCCUUUCACAGUUUUCAUUUGGUUGAAAUUUUGUAUUGGUCGGCAGUUAAAACUUAAAGUAAUAACUCCACUCCCUAGUAUAGUCUAUAAUAACAUUUCCAACGUUCCCACUUUAGCAAAAUCAUAGAACCAACGACAUGAUCUCUCUCAUCUUCUUCUCCUUCUUCCUCUCAGUCUCUCUCUCAUCUAAUGGACAGUUCUUCGACGAUGGCAAGAACUACGAAGGCUCCUCCGAUCUCGUCGACCUUCAAUACCACUUGGGUCCGGUCAUAUCCUCGCCGACGACGAGUCUUUACAUCAUUUGGUACGGCCGAUGGAACCCAACUCACCAAUCUACAAUCCGAGACUUCCUCUACUCCGUCUCUUCACCGGCACCGGAUCAGUACCCGUCAGUCUCCAACUGGUGGAAGACAGUGAGGCUAUACAGAGACCAGACAGGUUCCAACAUCACCGACACUCUUGUCUUGUCCGGAGAGUUCCACGACUCUACGUACUCUCAUGGAUCUCACCUCACACGCUUCUCUGUUCAGUCUGUGAUCAGGACUGCCGUUACUUCCAAGUUACCAUUAAACGCUGUCAACGGCCUCUACUUAGUCUUGACCUCAGAUGAUGUAGAGAUGCAAGACUUCUGCAGGGCCAUCUGCGGGUUUCAUUACUUCACUUUCGCAAGCAUCGUUGGUGCAACUGUACCGUACGCUUGGGUGGGGAACAGUGCGAGACAGUGUCCAGAAAUGUGUGCGUACCCGUUUGCGCAGCCUAAGCCAUUUCCAGGAAGCGGGUUUGUGGCCAGAGAGAAGAUGAAACCGCCAAACGGAGAGGUGGGAAUCGACGGGAUGAUCAGUGUGAUAGCCCAUGAGCUGGCAGAAGUGUCGAGCAACCCGAUGUUGAACGGAUGGUACGGAGGAGAUGAUGCCACGGCGCCAACAGAGAUAGCGGAUUUGUGUUUGGGAGUGUAUGGGUCUGGAGGAGGAGGAGGGUAUAUGGGAAGUGUGUAUAAGGAUAGGUGGAGGAAUGUGUAUAAUGUGAAAGGAGUUAAAGGAAGAAAGUAUCUGAUUCAGUGGGUGUGGGAUCUUACUAGGAAUAGAUGCUUUGGACCAAACGCUAUGAAUUAGAGACAAUAAUGUCAGUUAUCUCUUUCACAAAUGUCCUCAGUUUUAAAGCUUGCGGGAACCUGUAUAUGGUUUAUCUUCGCUGUUGGAUU